UCCCCUCUCGCAUCGACCUGACGUCCGGGGAGCCCGCCUCAACGACGAUACGCUUACCCUCGAUAUUUCCAUCUUCCAGGUUAUCGUCGAACUCAAAUUUUAUACUUCGCUCUCCCGUCGACAGCGACCGAGGAACAAUCCUCGACUUCACCGCCAAGAUGACGACCAUGGAUCUUCGCGUCGGAAACAAGUACCGAAUCGGUCGCAAGAUCGGUUCUGGCUCGUUCGGCGACAUCUACCUCGGAACCAAUAUCAUUUCUGGCGAGGAGAUUGCCAUCAAGCUCGAGAGUGUGAAGGCCAAGCACCCGCAGCUCGAGUACGAGGCCCGCGUCUACAAGUCGCUCGCCGGCGGCGUUGGAAUUCCAUUUGUUCGCUGGUUUGGCACCGAGUGCGACUACAACGCCAUGGUUCUCGACCUCCUCGGCCCCAGUCUCGAGGAUCUGUUCAACUUCUGCAACCGCAAGUUCUCGCUCAAGACUGUCUUGCUUCUGGCCGACCAGUUGAUCUCCCGCAUCGAGUACAUUCACGCAAAGUCGUUCAUCCACCGUGAUAUCAAGCCCGACAACUUUCUCAUGGGUAUUGGCAAGCGUGGCAACCAGGUCAACGUGAUCGAUUUCGGUCUCGCCAAGAAGUACCGGGAUCCCAAGACCCACUUCCACAUCCCGUACAGAGAGAACAAGAACUUGACAGGCACGGCCCGCUACGCCUCCAUCAACACCCAUCUCGGAGUUGAGCAGUCCCGCCGCGAUGAUAUGGAGUCUCUUGGCUACGUGAUGCUCUACUUCUGCCGCGGCUCUCUCCCGUGGCAGGGCCUCAAGGCUGCCACCAAGAAGCAGAAGUACGACCGCAUCAUGGAGAAGAAGAUGACCACUCCCACGGACGUGCUCUGCCGUGGCUUCCCCAACGAGUUUGCCAUCUAUCUUAACUACACGCGCUCGCUCCGUUUCGAUGACAAGCCCGACUACAGCUACCUUCGCAAGAUCUUCCGUGAUCUCUUUGUCCGCGAGGGCUUCCAGUACGACUACGUCUUCGACUGGACCGUCUACAAGUAUCAGAAGAAUGCCCAGGCCAUCCAGCAGGCUGCCGGUAACCAGACCAACCAGGCCACAGCUACUGACUCCAAGGAUGUUGCGGCCGCCGCUGCUCGCAAGGACACUCAGCAGGCGCUCAACCGCGGAGCCCGUAAGCAGAUUGAGACGACCGACACCAACCGUGCCAUCGGUGGAAGCGACAGGAUGUGAGUUUGUCCGCCUAGCCCAACAGCAUUCCUAUUUGCGAUCAUAGGCUGCGCUCGGCUGCUAAAGGCCAAGGCGCUGGCUCGGGAUAUGCUUCGGGCACUUAUCGCCCCAAAUGAUGGACCAGAGGCCAUCUGGAUCUGAGAUUCCCUUUGGGUUGUUGGAGUACUUGAUGUCUCGUCGGUGGACCGGACACAGGCUGUUUGCGAAGUUCGC